ACAGAUUCAGCGAUGAUGAAGACAAAAACUAUCAGCUGACCCAAGUCGGAUGAGCCAGGGAUGGAUUGGGGAAACAGACAUGGGAAGCUUUCAGAAAUCCCGGACCCUGGAGAAGGCAGGAAUUCUUUGUGUGUAAAAUCAUCGGGCUAGCGGAAUCUGCCCCAAACCACCACUGGGCCAUUAAAGUGGCUUUGCGGAGGAGAGAGAAGCUCAUCAGCAGACACGAUGGCGGCCCCAAAGAAAGUCCUGUACGCAGCACCCCCGGAUGGAGGCUGGGGUUGGAUGAUUGUCGCGGGCUGUUUCCUCGUUACCAUCUGCACUAGGGCAGUCACCAGGUGUAUCUCCAUUUUUUUUGUGGAGUUCCAAACCCACUUCGCUCAGGAUUAUGCCCAAACUGCUUGGAUCCAUUCCAUUGUAGACUGUGCCACAAUGCUAUGUGCUCCGCUUGGGAGUAUUGUCAGUAAUCAUUUAUCCUGCCAAGUGGGAAUCAUACUAGGAGGCUUACUUGCUUCUUCUGGUCUCAUCCUAAGUUCGUUUGCCACCAGCCUUCAGCACCUCUACCUCACUCUUGGAGUUCUUACAGGGAUUGGCUUUGCCCUCUGCUAUUCUCCCGCCAUAGCGAUGGUGGGCAAAUAUUUCAACAAAAGGAAAGCCUUGGCUUACGGCAUAGCGCUGUCGGGGAGCGGGAUCGGAACCUUCGUCCUGGCCCCCGUCGUUCAGGUCCUGAUCGAACAGUUUUCUUGGCGUGGGGCGUUGCUUAUCCUCGGCGGCUUUGUGCUGAACCUCUGCGUCUGCGGCGCUCUGAUGAGGCCUAUUGCGCUCAGAGAUGAUCGCCAAAAUCCUGCCAAACUGGACCUUGUCUCCAAAGCCCACAAGCCCCAUUUCAAGCACUUUUCUCUCUGCUCGCCUUUGGCCCAAGACUGGACCGGGACCAAUCUCUGCUGCUCGUCCCGGAGGGAAUACGACUUUUUACUGCUGCCAGACUUCCUCGUGUUGGCCGUGUCCGUCCUGUUCAUGGCAUACGGCUGCAGCCCUCUCUUUGUGUACCUUGUGCCUUACGCGUUGAGCGUCGGAGUGACUCACCAGCAAGCGGCCUUCCUCAUGGGCAUCCUUGGGGUCAUCGAUAUCAUCGGAAAUAUCACCUUUGGGUGGGUAGCGGACCGAAGGUGUCUGAAGAGCUACCGACAUAUUUGCUACCUCUUUGCGGUGGGACUAGAUGGUCUCUGUUAUCUCUUUCUUCCGCUACUCCAGAGCUUCCCCCUCCUCGUGCCUUUCUCUUGCACCUUUGGGUACUUUGACGGUGCCUACGUGACGCUGAUCCCGGUCGUCACCGCGGACGUGGUGGGCACCAGCUGCUUGUCGUCGGCCCUUGGCGUGGUGUAUUUCCUCCACGCCGUUCCCUACUUGGUGAGCCCCCCCAUUGCAGGGUGGCUAGUGGAUACGACUGGCAGCUACACUGGCAGCUUCCUCCUCUGUGGAUUUUCCAUGAUCUUCAGUUCAGUGCUACUCGGCUUUGCUCGACUCAUCAAGAGGAUGAAAAGAAGCCCUGCCCCACAGCCCGACCCCAAACUGCGCCUCUGGAGUAAUGGAACCGUAGCUUAUUCUGUGGCAGGAGAAUUAGACCAGAAGGAAGGCGAGGUCGUGGCCCCGAGGGGUACCACUUAUGCCAACACAUGACAAAGACAGUAGCCCUCCCCGCCCUCCCUCCCUGCCCGCCAGCCUCCAAGCCUUCAGCAUUGCCACUCCGUCUGGGGAAGGUUUAUUUUGGCUACCACCAAAGGAGCAAUGUCUUUUGUUACUUUUUUUAAAAACAACAACAAGCCAACUGGUAUAUAAAGAACACAAAUCAUAAAAUAAACCUGGAUCCAUCAGCUGUAUUUUCUUCAUUCGAGCCGUAUGCCAGAUCAUUUCUGAUUUGAUUCUUAGGCCAGCCGUGUUCCAGGGGAAAUGUGAGGAAGCUGCUACCAUAAUUGAAUGCAAUUAGAAGUAAUGAUUGGACAUUUAACAAGCAGGCCCUGGGGCAAAUGUAAUGAAGGGCUUCUUAACGGCGCUGAAGGCAGGGCGAGAGUUUUGAGAGAACACUGUUCCAAUCCCAUAAAGAGUAGUGAUGAAUAGAGAAAGAAGGGGACUUAACACUUCCUCGUUCUGCAACCCCAAUAUUCAUUCAUUCAAUCGUAUUUAUUGAGCGCUUACUGUGGG